AUGAACCCAACUGUAGGUAAGAGUGACACCUUUAUUAUUACCAUUUGUGCGUUUAUUUCCAAUCUCCUCCAUGCUGUGUGGAGAGCGUUAGUGUCAGAGCCAGCUGGUUUGGCAGUGCCACACGAGGAGCAAGGCCCUUCUUUCACAGAGCUUAUGGAGGAGUUGAGCCCCAGACAACUGGCUGUCAAACAGCUGAAGCGACACUUCUUGGAGGCCCUGCAGGCCAACGACACUCAAGAGGUCAUGCAGAUUCUGCACACUGGGAAACUAGACAUUGACACUGUGCUAGAGGUGGAGGACCCGAGCAUGCUGCUGGCCUCAUACAAACAAGGUUACUGGCUCCCAGGCUACAAAUUGGAGAAGUCCUGGGCGAUGGCUAUUCAUGUUUGUGUGAUGUACAAUGCUGUGGAAACAGCACUGGCACUCCUUCAGGAAGGUGCAGCCCUCAACCGGAUGCCCAAUGGGAAGACGCCACUGCAUGUGGCCUGCGAGGUCUCCAACAGCGACUGUGUCGCAUUGCUCUUGGCUCACAGGGCAAAGGUCAACAGCCUCUCGCUGAGCGGACACACACCCCUGCACUACUGCAUCACCAGGGAGUCUGUGGACUGUGCCAAGCAGCUGAUCCUGAAAGGUGCAAACGUCAAUAUGCCCAGCAACAACAAUGAGGAGGACACACCUUUACACACAGCAGCCAGGUUCGGCGUCCCAGAGCUGGUGGCUAUCUACUUGGCCAACGGAGCUUCUGUGGAUGCGGUCAACUCUCUCCAGGAGACGCCCCUGAUGACUGCAUGCUUCUGGGCUUUUGACGCUAAAGAGCAAAGCUACAGCCAACAUCACCAUCUCGUCUGUCGCCUCUUGCUGGACCACCAGGCGAAUCCCAACCUCAGAGAAGAGGACAAUAAAACCGCUCUUCACAAGGCAGCCUGGAACUGUGAUCACGUCCUGAUGCAGAUGCUGCUGGAGGCCGGAGCCAACACCACAGCCAUGGACAUCAAUGGCUGUGCCCCUAUCCAGUAUGUCCUCAAAGUGACUGAUGUCAGGCCCAUGGCCAUACCUGAACUCUGCUAUCAGCUGCUGCUCAACCAUAACGCAGCACGGAUCUACCCACUCCAGUUCCACAAGGUGUUGCAGAGCUGCUACGACUACCCCGCAGCAGUAGAAAUCAUGAUCAACUCUUAUGAACGCAUAAAGUCCACAAAUAAGUGGAGAGUUGCCAUUCCUGAUGACUGCUACAAGCGACACAAAGACUUCUACGACUCUGUGUUUGCUGUUUGCACCAACACUCCUCGCAGCCUGCUUCACCUGACCAGAUGUGCCAUUCGAGCCAGCAUGGGUGGGUUCUGCCACAGAGGUGUAGCACAGCUGCCUCUGCCACCUCCCAUGAAGACAUAUUUACUACUGGAACCUGAGGGGAUACUGUACUGA